CGUAUGUAUAUUUACCGUGCUUGAGAAUCACACAAAGUGCGGAAAACAAUAUAAAAAAGUAUUUUAAUCAUCUUUUCUCCCACUCGUCAACCUACGCUACAUACGGAGUCGGAGUUCGAUUCCUGAAUACUCUUCGCGCGGCCUUGCGCGGCCAAAAUAAUGAUGAUGUUUUAUAUUCCGUAGAAAAUCCGUGUAACUAACUGGAUAAGCACGAAGUUGAGCUUUUGAACAGAAUUUGUAUGGUUGUGGUUGUUGACACCCAACAAGAUCCAUCAUGUCUCAACAAAUUAGGCACUCAAUCAACAAUAGCACCCGAAGAAGCCCGCAAUCUUACCACGACCCUUGGAUAGCUCAUUGGAUGCCCACUGCUAAUAACACGACAUCAGCUGAGAGGGAUUAUCACACUCCUCGUCCAAUACAAGCCGUUUGUGGGGACAUCAAACCUCUUGAAUUCGCCUGUGAGGACGUUGGAACAAGUUCAAAAAGCUCAGCAAGUGCUGGUGUUCCGUUUCUUUCUAAUGUUAAUUCUUCUGGAGAAGCUAUUUCGAAUAAUCCUCUGGGCUCAAAGAAAACACGUAUUGUGCCGUAUUAUGACUACCUCGAGAAAAGGAAAGGAAAAUCUGUUGUGGUUUCAAGCAGCAUGAGCCUAGCAAAUGAAACCUCCAUUAGUGCAUGCCGUGAGGAUUUUAGUUCAUCCUUAUUGUGCAGCCGUGAUUGGUUCAAGAAAAAUAAUGCAGUUGAAAUUAAUAAGAUUAACAUGCCUGUGCAUUUCAACCUUUUGCCGUUUUCAAGUCGAGGUAAAGGAGGCGUAAACCUUAGCCCUCUGAGUAGUUCAUCUGGUAGUGAAGGGGGCAAAAAUGCUGAGAGUGAUGAGUGUAAAGUUACUGUAAGGACUGAAGCAUCAGCUGAGACAGAGACCAUGGAGAUGGAUUUUCUGAAGGAUGAAAAAGUAAAUCCCGUUUAUAUGUUUAUUAGUAUUAUUAAGCAAUUUUCUCUAUCCAUUCCUGUAGGCACAACUUCCACCCCAUCAAUUAAGGCUUUCAACAUCGACUUGAAUUCCCGACCCCCAAAGGCCACUGUUCCCUCAAGAGAAACCGAACAUCAGUGGACCAAAACCGAAAAUGUCUGUCCUUACUCCUCAAAAACUCAGAGCCUUGAAAUGGACAUGCUCUUGGCCAAUGCUGAGCACAUAAUAUCAAAACCCAGUACUAUCAACCCUGACAUUUUGGACCCGUCUAAUAGAUGGGUCAAACGUCUCAAGACCAGCUCCCCAAACUUAAACCCUUCCUCACGAGGCACAAAAAUAUCGAGGCCAGAUGAAAUUUUUUCUGAUGACAACAAAAUGAGAAGCCAACUUAGAAAUAUACUUAAUAGUGGCAUUAUUAGCUCGGGACCAGAUAACAAGCAUGAAGGUAAGAAAAAGAUUUCGGGUGAUAAAAAUGAAGAUGAGGAGUUUGAUAUGGUGUGUGGAGGGAAAGAGAGUAAGGAGUUGUUGCUUUCGAAUGCUUGGAUUAAAAGGUGGCUGGCAAAGGGAGUCACAGAUAAGAAAACUGAUGCGUCUGGAGACUCGAAUGGGGAUAAGCUUGAAAAUAAGCGGUUCCCAAGCAUUGGUGCUAUGGCUCUAAUGGCAAAGGCUAUGCGUGGGUUACCAGCAUGUGAGAUUCAAAAGAGAGGCCCUAUCACUGUUUGGAACACCAAGACUUUUUGAAAAAGGCAUAAAAAUUGUUUGCGAGUGGAAUUAUGUCUACUAUGGUCCGUGUGUAGUGUAAGAUUUUUAUGAUCAGUAAUAAAGUAGUAAAAGACCGGCAAAUAGAUGACAAAGGAGAGUGUCGUCAACUCAUGUGCCUCCUUGAGCAAAAGCUUCAACAGCAAAAGCUUCAACAUUAGAAUCACAUGAUACAAUUAUGUGUCCAAAUUCACGAAAUAGAAAAGGAGUGAGACAACUGUUGGUUUCAUAAUGAUUUUGGUCCAAUGUUGCCAACCCCUUUAUCAGCAAGCAACCUUCUUAAUUAGAAAACACAUGGGCACUCAAAAUUACUAGAAAUUUUGAAGCAGAUAUUAAAUAUAGG